AAAACCUCAUCUGUGCGACUUUUGAAGAGCCUCCAAAAGUCUCAGCUAACAUUCCAACGCAUUGUCCAACCCGGCACUCCAAGGAACAUCUCUUUCUCUAUACUAGUUCUUGCCGAUCGAAGCAUCUUGCUUAUCGUUAAACAAAGGCACCAUGGAGGUGAGAGUUGGGCUUCUAUUUGUUUUAGUGUUGGGUGCUAGCUGGGCUUGUGAUGCUCGACAACUGGUAAACACCGAGUUCUAUAGUGGGAAUGGAAGGAUCUUUGAGAUAUCAGUUAUGCAGAUCAACUACCAGGAUCAAGAUAGCGAAGUUCAAACUAUGAAGAAAGUUCCAAGGAAUGACAAGUUGUGCACAUUGUGUGAGGAGUUUGCUAACCAGGCACUUGAUUACAUUGCUGAAAACAAGACCCAGACAGAGAUCAUUGAACUGCUCCAUCUGGCCUGCUCUCAAGUAGGCCCUCUCAGAGGCGAGUGCAUCAGUUUGGUGGACUACUAUGCCCCUCUGUUCUUCUUAGAGGUUUCUUCUGUACAACCUGAAACUUUCUGCCGAAAAGUCAAUCUCUGUCAACAAAUUGCAAUGAUUUCAUCUCAACUUCACGAAGACAGCUGUGGACUUUGCCACCGCACUGUUGCAGAAUUACUAGUUAAGUUGAAGGAUCCUGACACUCAGCUAGAGAUCAUUGAGUUGCUUUUGAAGGCAUGUAAUUCCAUGGAGAACUAUGUGAAAAAGUGCAAGAGGAUGGUUUUCGAGUAUGGACCUCUAGUCCUUGCCAAUGCAGCGAAAUUUCUGGAAACAACAGACAUAUGCACCACGCUUCAUGCCUGCAAUUCAUCUAUAGAUAGCAGCACAGAAGCAUCGCCGAUGGAAGAAGUACCCGCGCUGUCUGAUUCUUAAUUAUGGCAGCAAAAAUCUGUUGGAAUGAAAAUGCAGAUGCAGACUUGAUAUACAUACUUUCAUUCCAAUGUGUGUAUAAUAAUACUAUGACAUCAUGGUGCUUUUGAUGUACAAUAUAUGCUCAAAAUUCAAAUGCUUGUAUGCAAAUUAUUUGGUCUAAAAA